CUGGUUACUAGUUCUUGAACGGCGAGGUGCGGUGGAGGUUAUUAAUAUACAGAUUACCGACAUGAAAAUAUUACAAUCAUAUGACGUAUUCAGUACUUAAAUCAUUUUUGUUUAAAAACAAAUAAUCUUAAUUGUAUGACGUAUUCAGUACUUAAAUCACUCACGUUUAAAAAUAAAUAAACUAACAUUGCGGUUUCUUAUCAGAAAAUUUUGCAAUAGGGUUUUAUCGUGGUCGUCUGUAGUUUUAAAGACAGAUUUCAUCAUCAUCUAUAUUCAGUUAUUAGUAUAACUUGUAAAUUUGAAAGAUUACAUAUUGUUAUUGGAACAAAGUACUUAAAUUCCUCCGAGAAACGACUCUCUGUACGGAACGUGGGCAUUAAGGAACGACAGUGCAAUCAAUUCGUUAUAAAGCAAUAUUAGAAACUACAUAACGUUCAUUUGUUGUCAAACAGUUCAAGAGAUUAGUUAUAGUUUUGUUUAAGCGAAGUGCUGAAAGAAAAAAGAAACGAUUUAAUAUGGGUUCAAAUGCAUAUUUAACUCUAAACACAGCUUUAUUUGCGACCAGUUUUGUUGUUUUAUUAUCGGGUACGACAUAUGGUUGUUUUAUAAGAAAUUGUCCACCCGGAGGAAAAAGAAGCGUAGAUGUUGUUUCCAGGGGCACGAUACCGUGUCUGUCUUGUGGUCCUGGAAACAGCGGACAAUGUGUUGGUCCGAACAUUUGCUGUGGGCCGUUCGGCUGCUAUUUUGGUACAACAGAAACUCAGAUUUGUCAAAAAGAAAAUGAACGCACUAUUGCCUGUGAAAUCCGUGGUGAACCAUGCGGGGCCAGAGGUCAAGGUUCUUGUGUAGCAGACGGUAUUUGCUGCGAUUCUAGUGCUUGUUCUUUCAAUGAUAAGUGCGUUCAAGACACCAGGGACAGUAUACAGCUGAUAUCACUGUUAAAUAAAAUUCUCCAAACCAGUGAUCUUGACUAGUAACAUUGAUUAGUGACCUUGAGGGAACAAAUCUACACGUUACAUGUACAGUGUCAGGAGACACAAACUUUUAUUUAUUUAAACAUCAACAUAAUUAUUGUCGUAGAUAACUAAAAGAAAAUUACAUGUAUAGCAAUUUGGAUUUUUUUUCCUUAGUCUUCCUAAGGGGUGAACCAUUUUUGCCUAUUUCAAAUAAAAUACUUAAAGCACAAGAGAAAAAAUAAAUCAUUUAUGUAAUUAUCUGAAUAUAAUUAUUUAAAUUUCUAGCUGAAUUUCUAGUUUCUCGUUGUUUUAACACUAGUUUGACCAGAAUGUCAAUGUUGAUGUUAGAAAAGACUUUGUACAUACUAGUAGUGUUUGAUUUUUACCGACUGAUCUUCCGACAUCUUGUACACUCGGGCAAUUCAAAUGUAGAUUUAGUGGUCCGGGCUAGUCCGAUGCAAAUUUUAUAGCCCGGGCAAUUCCAAUAAAGCCGACUUUAAAAUCAUGCGUGUUCAUUGAUAACUACCUAGUUUCCAUCAUAAAUAUUAUGUAAAAACGUCCUUAUUUUAAUUUUUUGACAGACCUAUAUUGUUCUUUUUGGCUUAGGUUUUAGAAAUAGCUGAAUAGUUAAAAUGAAAUUAUAUACAUCCAAACUUUGUCUUCGUGAAGUGGGCUUCUGGUUUUUACAUGCUAUAUAAAUAUUUCCUGUAAAUGUUUACAGUUAUUUCUUUUUAUCUGUUUUAUUCAUGAUUUAAUAUUAUUUUAUCAAUGACAGCCUAUGUACCAAUUUUGAAAAAAAAACACACACACAAAAGCAUGCAUCUUACAGGUAUCUCAGACAGUUUGUUUCAGUUGUAUAUAUGAAGAAUAAAUACAAAUGUACUAAGAAACAAAAUAAACCCAUUACAUGUU